CGCACAACCGGUCCGCCUACGUUUGCAUUUUUCUUUUUUUUUUUUUUUUUUUUUGCAAACAGAAAGUAUUUGAGAAAAAUCAAAAUGUGAACCUCUGCUCGAAAGGCGGAGCCUUGUAAUAAUUUAAUUGCAAUGUCCAUUGGUAUUUAAAAUUAAAGCAAAAAAUAAGUUUGGCGCCUAACGAUGAAGGGGGGAGAAUCUCUCGUAAAAGUCAGUGACAUCGACUACUUAUGAACUUUCCCCCUCUAGCAGCAUACAAAGUGAUUCUCAAAUCGAGGAGCGUUAAACUUGUUUUAUUUGCAUUUAUCUCGAAAAACCGUUUGAAAAACCGGCUUUUGAGAAAUUAAAACUGAAUUUUAUUUUUUAAAUCAAAGGGUAAAAUCGAUAAUUUAUAUAAAAAUCGAGAUAAAAAAUUGUCAUCUCAUACUUUCUCUCAUCCCUCUUUUACUUUUUUUUUCCUCCCUCUCUUUCUUUCGCUUUAUUCUUUCUGGAUCUCCUUUUGAAAAUCUCAUUCUACGAGCGGGAAAUCGAGUUUUACGCUAAACUUUGGACUUUGAUUGAGAUUAUUACGCGAGUUAAGAUCUUUCUGAUAAUACUGAAGCCCGGUGCGUGCAAUUUGUUAUUUCUCACACAAGUAUUUAAUGUUGAUUAGUACAUGUGUGCAUGUUUAUGAGAUACUACGAGUUGCAGCGCUUCACCAGUGUGUUCGAAUUCGUUGAGGAAUACAGACGCAAAUUUAUAAUUGUAUAUACGUGUAAGUCUACUGUGUGAUAGUUAUUAUUAUUAUUAUUAUUUUUUUUUUUUUUGGAAGAGGUAUAAUAAAACAUUUAUCUACAUAAACUUUUCAUUUAUUCUGUGUACUUAAUAAGUGAGUGAAAAGUUAUCUCUUUUUUUUUUCUUUGAAUUCUUUUGCUUUUUGUUUAUAUUAUUUUUGUUAUUUUACAUUUAUUUCAAAAAAAAAAUCGGGCUAUGUCUUUACUUCGUACAAUUGUCACGCGUAAUGUUAAAUUGACCAAUCAAUUUAAAAAACAAUGCUUGAAGAAAUAUAGUUCGGCAGUCUUGAAAAGCCCGCUUGGACAAAUCCAAAUUCCGGAUCAAUCUUUCACUGAUUUUGUUUUCUCCAAUUCCACGGCAUGGGAAAAUAAACCUUCCCUGACAUGUGGUCUCACCGGAAGAACAUACACGUAUAAUUUAGCGAAAAAGCUAAAUUUUCUAACAGCUCAAGCACUUUUGGAAAAAGUUGGAUUGAAACAAGGUGAUAAAAUUGGAUUACUUUUGCCAAACAUACCCGAGUAUUUAAUAGCCGUUCAUGGAAGUUUAAAAGCAGGAUUAAUUGUCACAUUUGCCAAUCCAUUAUACACAGCUGAAGAAGUUGCAAGACAAUUUAAAAAUGCUGGUGUCCGAUGUAUUAUGACAGUACCUCAACUUCUUGAAACAGCCCUUAAUGUUGCCAAGGAAUUGAAUAAUUAUACAUAUACUAUUAAUAUUGGCGGAGGCAACCAAGAUGAUAAAAAAGUUUUGGGUUUGGAAACUAUUCUCAAAGAAAAAUACAGCGUCAAAUUGCCCGAAAUAAAUAAUAAUGAUGUUGCAGUUUUGCCAUACAGUUCAGGAACAACUGGUUUGCCAAAAGGUGUAAUGCUUACGCAUAAAAAUUUAAUUUCCAAUCUUUUGCAAUGCAAUAAUCCAGCAUGUGUAAAUAACAUUCCAACAACUGAAACAACACAGGAAGUAACAUUAUCAGUUUUGCCAUUUUUCCAUAUUUAUGGAUUCAAUGGAAUAUUGAAUUUUCUUUGUUAUCUUGGUGGACACGUUGUCACAUUGCCAAGAUUCACCGUCGAGGAUUAUGUCAAAUGUUUAGAAAAAUAUCGUCCAGAUUCCAUUUUUGUUGUUCCGUCGUUAUUAUUAUUUUUAAUAACUCAUCCAGAAGUAACGCGUGAUCAUUUAUCAUCAAUAACAAAAGUGAUUUGCGGCGCUGCUCCUGCAACUAAAAGUCUUCUUGAUAAAUUCAAAGAGAAAAUUGGCCGAGACAAUUGUUUAUUGUCUCAAGGCUACGGAAUGACAGAAACGAGUCCAGCGACAAUUUAUACUCCAAAAACAAUGCCAGAAUCGAAAACAGGAAGUUGUGGACAGCUUCUUCCAUCAACGGAAGCUAGAUUAAUAGAUCUUUUCUCUGGAAAAGACAUAGUUACACCAGAAACACCGGGCGAAUUACUUGUUAGAGGACCACAAGUUAUGAAAGGAUAUUUAAAUGAUUCUGCAUCAACAAAAGAUAUUUUGGAUUCUGAUGGUUGGCUUCAUACGGGCGAUGUUGUUUAUUUUGACAAAGAUGAAUAUUUUUAUGUUGUUGAUCGCACGAAGGAACUUAUCAAAGUUAAAGGAAAUCAGGUAUCUCCGACAGAAUUGGAAUCAAUUAUUUUAGAAAUACCAGGUGUUGCAGAUGUGGCCGUUGUUGGUAUACCGGAUAAUUUUGCCGGUGAAGUGCCAAAAGCUUUUGUUGUUAAAAAACCGAACGCUGACUUGAGCGCAGAAAUAAUACAAAAUUUCUUAACACCUAAGGUAGCGACGUACAAAAAAUUAGUGGGAGGCGUUUCCUUUAUUGAUGCAAUUCCCAGGAAUCCUGCAGGGAAAAUAAUACGCAACCAAUUAAAAGCUUUAAGCAAUUAAGUAAUAAUCAUUAAUUGUCAAAUCCAUUUUUCAUUUAUAUAUCAUCCCAAUCCAAAAUAGAGCUACUUUCAUUUUUAAUUGGUACUGUUAAAUGUAUUAUAAUAAAAUUGAUUUUUUUUUAUAUUCCAUAUAUUCUGUACUUAAUAUUAUAAUUAAAUAAAAUAUAUAACAUACAAUAAUAAUUAUAAGGCUAAAUAAUAAAAUAUAAUUUAGUAAUUACUGGUUUUUUUGUUUUUUACACAAAAAUUUUAAAAUACCUUUUUUGUUGAAUAAUUUUUAAUUUAUGCUUUUUAACUAAAAAAAAUUGUUGCCACAGUGUAAAAAUGUUUAUGAAAAUAAAAUAAGAAUUAAAAACAAAUCAAUUGUAGAGAUUCAUUGCAAUAUAUUUUUUUAAAUUCUGAACUUUGAUUGGACAUUUAGCGAGAGCACAUAACAUUUACAUAUAGAAACAGUUAAAACGUUAGAAUAAGUUUUUCUUUAUAAUUAUAUUAUGUAUAUUUAUAAUAUAUACUUUCACUUAAAUAACCACACUUUAAGUAAUACGCAACCAAUGCAAUAUUGUACAUUCGAAAGACGCAGAGAACCGAGAUGUUUUUCAGUCUUUUGCACGAAACAUGGCAAGACGUAGAUAUCUAGACGCAUAAUUCUUACAACUAGUUCUCUUUUUUUUUUUUUUAAAAAAAAAAAAAAAAACUUGGAUCGACUCACAAUAAUUCUUGAGAAAAAAAAAAUCAUUGUGCCUCUAUUAAUGUGAUAUUUGGCCUUGAUCCGUUUCUUCCGAAGUUACAAUGAAAAUAUAUUAAAUAUAUUAAAUUUAAAUACAUUGGUGGGCAAUAAAAAUAAAAACAACAACAAAUAAAUAGAAAAUGAAAAGAAAAAAAUGCAGGGACAUAGAAAAAUGUUCCUGACAAAAUUUUUUUUUCAAUUACUCUCGCAAGAUAUAAAAUAACAAAUUUGCUUUUUUCUAGCUACAAGUUAAGAGUUAAUAAAUCUUCGCGAAACAGAAAUUUCAUGAUAUGCCAUCCAAGAACUAUAGUUCCUAUUUGAAAAAAGAGGAGGUGUCCUAUAUUAUGCGAAGAAUUUGACAAGGCGAACACUCCAUUAUAUAUUGCACACGUUUUGCAUUUGCAUCAACGUCCAUUUUUUUUUUUUUUUUUAAGCAUUAAUAGUUUUUGUUUUGUUUUGAAUUCGAGUGUAUUAGUGGAAUUAGCGAGUCAUACAUUUAAAAACCCUUUCCCAGGCACAUGCUAAUGCAAAAAACUUGCAUUUUGCGCGUAUUUCAAAGACAGUUCUGUUACUUAUAAGUCGCUUUACGUAUUCUUAAAUAACUUACGGAAUUAUAAAAAGUUUCAAACUGAUUCUAUGCUCGUAUAUAUGUAUGUAAUGUAUUAUAUCGAGAUGUAUGUAUAAAUCACUGAUCAUUUGGUGGGAUAAUGAGUAAAUUGCGAAGAGGUAAAGAUAAUAAUCCAGAUGGAUUUACAAUAUAUACGUUGAAGCUGUAAAAUUGAAUAAGAUUGUCUAACUCGAAACAAUGGCGGAUUUUAGGGAGAAGUUUCUCUAAACGAACAAAACAAAAAAUAAAAAUUA